ACACACUCAAGCCAGGGUGAUAAUGGCGUAAGCGAUUUUUCUCCUUCGUUUUGUCCGGGUCAAUGGAAUCUGACGUCUGUCUUAACGCCCAGGAGCCCAGAUUCGCAGACGAUAGAACUAGACCGUGACUAUCUUGAUACUGUCACAGUCGAGGGCCGCGAAUAUCAGAAGUAUUCGAUCGACCAUCGUACAUACUUUGGACCAGUCGAUGAGCCCAAGCAGGAAGAAGCACAAAGACUCGAGGAUCAGCAACAAGUGUUCCAAAAGAUUUUUGACAAUCGCCUGAUCUUCCCACCAAUCCGGCGACUGCGACGGGUUUUGGACUGCGGCCAUGGGUCCGCGUCGUGGGCCGUGGAUGUCGCGGAGGAGAAUCCUGAUUGCGAAGUCAUCGGUGUGGACAUUGCCCCUCACAUGAAUCCAGACGAUGUGCCAGACAACCUAUGGCUCCAGGUCGAUGAUUUGAACCGCCGUUUCACCUUCCCUGCAAACCAUUUCGAUCUUGUCCACUCCAGACUCCUUGCGACCGGCAUUAAUCGAUCCCGAUGGCCAUCUUAUCUUCAUGACAUAGUCAGGGUCUUGAAACCAGGAGGUUGGGUCCAAAUGGUAGAAAUAUACUAUAAUGUGCAAUCUGACAAUGGCUCGAUCACCGAUGAACAUGCCCUGAGAAGAUGGAGCACACAAUACCUGCGUUCUCUGGAAGACAAAAAAGAUCUUCGGGUUGGGACAAAGCUGAGAACCAUCCUAACAGAGGCAGGGCUGGUCGAGGUGGACGCCAAGAUGAUCCCUCUUCCUCUAUCUGCGUGGUCGACUGAUCCACGUAUGCAAGAGAUCGGUCGUCACAACCGUGGAAACAUACACCAACUGCUCCGAUCACUGGCGUUAUAUCCAUUGACUCAACGUCUGCAUAUGUCAGCAGCGGCUUUCGAUUCUUUGAUAAACGAAGCGCAACAAGAAGCAGCAGAUCCCAGAUUGAAGGCAUACUUUCCAUUGUACGUGUGCAUAGGCCGAAAGCCGUAA